UCGUAGUGGUCUCUGUCGGUCCUCUCUAUCCUCAACAAAAAUGCCUGGCGUACGAGAUAUCAGCGCUGACGCGUUCAUCACCGCCUACUCUUCUCAUCUAAAGCGCUCCGGCAAGCUUGAGGUGCCGACAUGGGCUGAUAUUGUCAAGACCGGUGCGUUCAAGGAGCAAGCACCGUAUGACCCUGACUGGUACUACGUCCGCGCUGCCGCCGUCGCACGGCACAUUUACCUGCGCAAGCAUGUCGGUAUUGGUGCUUUAACCAAGCUCCACGGUGGCCGCAACCGCCGCGGUAACCGUCCUUCGCAUCACGCCGAUGCAUCCGCCUCCAUCCAGCGUAAGGUUUGCCAGUCGCUGGAAAAGAUUGGUGUCUUGGAGAAGGCCCCUGAUGGUGGCCGUCGCAUCUCCCAGGAUGGGCAGAGGGAUCUCGACCGAAUUGCCACCUCUGUCGUUGAGACAAUGAGGGAGGAGGAGGAAGAAGAAGAAGAGGCUGAAGAGAACGCGGAGGAGGAAGGCGAGGCCGCUGAGGAGGAGGAUGAGGAGUAGAUGAGCUUCGGUGGUCGUGUCGGUACUUGGCGUGGUCGUGAGUACCUUGUCAUGCUUUCCUUGGGAGCUUGUGCACUACGAUAUCAUCUAAAACUGCAUAUAUGCAAUAUGCUUGCACAU